CAAUUUUAUUUUUCCUCAGGUAUUUAGUUCAAUUAAUUAAUUGAUUUAAAUAUCAGAAAUUAGUCGUAUAUUGAAGCAAUUUUACUAUAUCUACAAUGUUAAUUUUAAGACUUUUGGUAAUUUUUUAUAUUAAUUUAGUUUUGGGAGAAGAUGCGUUCUACAAUAUCAACACUAAAAAUGCUCUGCAUACGGUUAGUGAAAAGUUUUUGAGUAUUUCUGUUGAUCCGGGAGUAUUAUUAGCUGGAGUUAAUUUGAGCGAGACUUCACUUCUAUUAGCUCGACACUUGAGCCCAGCGUAUAUCCGACUUUCUGGACCUUCAACACCCUACGUCAAGUAUGUCGAAGACGAAGAAGACGUCAUCAGUCACAACUUCACCGAUAUCGUGAUCACUCCUUCGAUGUGGUUCGGCAUUAAUGAGUGGUUCAACUUGGCCAAAUUGACGCCAGUGUUUGGUAUAGACGACGGACCAACCGUGAAGGGAGUUUGGGAUCCAACAGCAGUGAUGGACUUGUUGGAAAUAUCUGAUAAGUUUGGUGUUAAAUGUUAUUGGCAACUAGGAUAUGAUUGUUCGAAUAAAACGACUGUCCAAUAUGUGGACGACUUAAACGUUCUGAAACAAACUUUAAAAAAGUUUCCUGAUAAGGAAGACACUUGGAAAAUUGCGGGAAGCGAUUUAAGUAAUUGUGCCUUCGAUGAAGAUACAAAUGGAAACUUGGAAAAUUAUCUGAACGAUUUGGAGCAAAAUGUAGAUGCAGUUAUGUGGGAGUCUUCUUUGAUUACAAAAGACGAUCUUGGUUUUGUAAAAACUGCCCUCUGGACAACGGUUCCAAAAGAUCUGCAACCUGUAACAUUUUCUUCAGCUAUGGAGUGGAUGAAACAAGUUGGAAGAGCAUCCCGUGCUAGAUAUGACGUCGUUUUCAGAGAGGCAAGAGUUAGUGAGACCACUACUGCCUCUCCUGUUUAUUGGGCAACAUACAUUCACAAAAAACUCAUGGGACCUCUCCUAUUAGAAGUAGUACCAAUAAAAGACAAUGAAAAUCUCCAUGUCUCGGUACAUUGUAGUAGAAAUCAAAAUGCAUAUCCUAGAAGUGGAGCAAUCACUGUUUUGGUACUCAACGAUGGUCCUGUUGUUGAAACUGCUCAUGUUCGUGUGCCAAGUAUCACAUCAGAAAGAUCAAUGGAAAUUCAGGAGUAUUUGUUAACAGUUUCAAAUCAAAAUCCAAACCAAGUACUACUCAACGGUCAAAUGCUCACUAUGAAUCGUUUACUGUCUCCACACGACGAUAUAUUAAAACCAAAAUUAAGAAGGACCAAAGUCAGACCUUACAUUUCUUUGGAAGUACCUUCAAAUACCAUAGCCUUCUUCGUACUCACUGGGGCAAGAUGUUCACUGUGCAGCGAGGGUAAGGAAGAACUAGAUAUCAUAUUGGAAGAAAUCAGUGAGGAUCAAGAGGAGUCGUUUUCUGGCGAUGACGUAUCGUUCAAUAUAGAACAGAGGAUGUUGAAUAAUAGGCAUAGUGACACAUUAGAAAAAUUCCACGGUAAGAAAAUUACACUGGAGGGAAUCAAGAAAAGCAUGUUGGAUGAAAUGGAACAGGACCAAAAAUAUUACGAAAAAAUGACUAAGAAGGACAGCAAUAGAAAAAAUAUUAUACAGGAAGAUCGACCAAAGAACAAGCUGAUUUCUGGUGACAAGAAAGAUUUGCUUCAUGAUCAUUUGAAGGCUUUUAUUGGCAAAGCCAGAAGAGGAAACAUUGAGAAAAGCGGAUAUGAAACUAAACCAGAUUACAGAUCUCCAGAUUUCAGAGUGCCGAGCAACAGCCUCUUCCUGACCAUCAAAGAGGUAGAAGAAAUCAUCAAGCGCAGAGCCAAAGAGAAAGCUGCAAAGAAAAACAUCAAACUGACUAGUUCCGAACUAGACAUGCUAGUCGACAAAGCUACCAUACAAAUACCUAACCAUAUAGUUGGUAAAAGAGACAUAAACCAUGUUCUCUUGGAAGAAAAAGCGAAUUUCUACAAGAACAACCAGUUCAGCCAGGAGCGUUUCGAGAAAUUUGCCAGGAAUCAAAAGAGUCCGCCUAAAUUCAAGCUGAUGAAGCGAGAUAUUAACUUGGAUAUGCUGAAGAAGAAAAUUAAGAGUGAGGGUUCUUGGGGGAAGCCCAAACCGGUGACGCAGCCGGAGUUUUUGAGGAAGUACUGGGACGAACCGGAAGAUACAUUUAGAAUGAAAGAUCAUUACAAUGACGAAUUGUUCAAAAAUUCCAUGGAUUCAGAUGAACUCACCAUGGAAAACCUAGGAGUGGAAGAAGACAUGUUCCCAAACUUCGCGAAGUCAGACGAAGAUUGGUACUACAAGAAUCAAUUCCACCCCAAACAGAAGCAUAAACCGCAGAAACUCAACCUGGAUAUGGACAGAAGAUGGAUGCCAAUAAGCAUAAGAAACAGGAAUGGUCCGAAUAAAUUUUCUGAAGUUUAUAGGGAAGAAAUAGACAUUGGAAAGGUGAAAAAAUUAAAGCUACCGUGGUUCGAAUCUCAAAAGAAAAAUAAGUAUCCUUGGGAGGAUACGUAUGGAUACAACGGACAAAAGAAUCGUGAUAUGUCUGUUUUUAAUGGGCUAGAUGAGUUAAAUUUUUAUGAUGAUCUUGACUAUGCCUUUGCUAGAAAAAGGAGGGCAUUAUUAAAUACAAUUGCCAAGGAUGGUCCUAUGAAAUUUAAAAAGAACGACAUAAAGAAACUAGGAAAACAUAAAAUACAGAAAAACAAAGUCCCUUGCAAAAAUUGUUUGAAAGAAAAAAAGCAGAAAUCAAAUAUUCAAGUCCUUUUGAACGACAAACAAGAUAAAAGGAAUAAAACGCUUGAUGAUCUAACUGCUGAAGCUGACAUUAAUGAAAACACUAUACCUCCACCACGAUCAAAAAGAUCUCUUUUAAACAACGAGUUGCCUUUCUUGUUUGGACAGUACAAACCUUUAACCUUAGACUUAAAACCUUGGCAACCUGUUGACGUGUUGACACUGGUAAAAGAUCAUCCUUCAUUACUGCCUUUGUAUGCUCUGAUUGAGGAACAGAACUUGAAGAAUAGUUUGAUGCAUCCUAGAUAUUUUGGACUGAGAAGAAAAAGAUUUAUUCAUCAGAAACGUUUAGAUUCUUUAGAGAACUUUAUUGCUCUCAAAACUGAGUCAAGAGAAGGUGUAACUGAAGAAAAAAUUGAGUGGAAUAAAAAUAAUGGAGUGACUGAAAAAAACGAUGAUGGUAAAGGAAAUGUUGAAUGGGAAAUUGUUUCAGGAGACUUGAAAAAAGAAAAUGUGAAUAAUGUUGAACAACAAACUGCUAAUAAAAGAAUAACGAAACUUAAUAAUAUGGAUAAUGAGCCUGACGUAAAUCAAAAUAUUCUUCAGAAGAAUAUAGAUAAAAAGGUAACGAAUUUAGGAGAAGAAAAUACAGACAUAGAUGAGAAAACUACUGAAGAUAUCAGUGAAAUUAAAAAAUUAUUACUUGAUGAUAUAAGAAGGAAAUUAGAAGAACGUUACAAUGUUAGACAUUUUAUUUCAGAACAAAAUGAAGAACAAAAAGAUGAUAAGUAUGAUCAAGAUGGUGAACUUUUGAAAAGUCGACACAAUAUUGAAGAAGUAAACAACGAAGAUCAAAUUAUUAGAAGAAAUAAAUACUUGGAAAGCAAUAAUGAUCUAUCUGGAGCAAAAGAAAAUAGUAUUUUUAAAGAAAAAUAUGAAAAUACUAAUGCUGAUCCUCUAAACAUUUUGCAGAAAGUUGUAAGAAAGAACAUACUCAAAGCAGCUCGAGAAAAUCUGAUCGAAAAAGAAAAAAUAGAAUCGCAAAUGAAUGAUCUUGAAGCUACGAGACAAACUACAUUGAAUGCCAUAAAAAAUGGUGUAUUACGAAGAAAUGAUGUAAAUAAUAAGGAUAAUAUAGUUUCUCGUAUACCAACCUUUUUGGAAAAAGUUUUGGGACAAAGUAAUGCAAAACCUAUUGAAAAUUUGAUGGAGACUGUAAAGAAAUCGAUUAAGCAAAUGAAUGUUAACUUAAAUAACUUUAUUACUCGUUUAUUUUAGCGUUUAGUUUUUUUUUAUAUUUUGUUUAAUUAAA